AAUGACGUCACUUCCCAGUUAAACGUGGCUACCCCGCGAUUGAAGGAAGGAGUGGCUUCAGGAUCUGUCAAAAGUUAAAUGAUCUUUCGCGAACAUUAAUGACUAACUACGACGAUUAAACAGUUUCCAAGUGCUCCUUAGAGUUAACCGGUAGUUUUGUACGAACAGUAACGAAGAAAAGAUGUCGUCCUCAGGCGAUUUCGGAAACCCACUGCGUAAAUUCAAGCUCGUCUUUCUUGGCGAGCAGAGCGUGUUAAUAGUUUUUGAUUAACGAUGCGGAACGCCGAUAGUAACGAGAUCUUUAUUGGGUGGGUAAAACGUCUCUUAUCACGCGAUUUAUGUAUGACAGCUUUGACAACACGUAUCAGGCUACAAUAGGUAUAGAUUUCUUAAGUAAAACUAUGUAUCUAGAAGACAGAACAGUGAGAUUACAACUGUGGGACACUGCUGGUCAAGAACGGUUUCGUUCUCUAAUACCUAGCUAUAUCAGAGAUUCUACAGUUGCAGUUGUUGUUUAUGAUAUCACUAAUGCUAAUUCGUUUCAUCAAACAUCCAAAUGGAUCGAUGACGUUCGAACUGAAAGAGGAAGUGAUGUUAUAAUCAUGCUAGUAGGGAAUAAAACAGACUUGAGUGAUAAAAGACAGGUUUCUACGGAAGAAGGCGAACGAAAAGCUAAAGAAUUAAAUGUGAUGUUCAUUGAAACUAGUGCUAAGGCUGGAUAUAACGUUAAACAGCUAUUUAGAAGAGUAGCAGCAGCUUUACCUGGCAUGGAUUCCACUGAAAAUAAACCUCCUGAAGACACAGCUGUCGAUUUGCAGAAUCAAUCGUCGAUGCAGAAUGGCUCCGAAUCGGAGGGAGAGAGUGGCUGCAUUUGCUAGGGAGUUGGCGUUUGAACAUCUCCGGCGUGCUGCUGUGCUGCCUCGAUAUGAUUAAAAAAAAAAAAGAAAGAAAAAGAAAAAAAGAAAAAAAAAAUAAAAAAAAGGAAGAAAAAAGAAACCCAUGUCAUUAUACCGACAGUUAAAGAAAAACGAGAUACGCGAGAAAGACAAGAAAUGGGGGAAAAAAAAAAUAGAAAAUGACGAAAAAAGGAGCAAAAAAGAACAAAAAAAAAAAAAGAAAAAUAAAUAAAUAAGUAAAUUAAAUGAAUAAAUAAAUAAAUAAAUAAAUAAAUAAGAGAUCACAUCACAGUUACGAUUUUUGCGAGUUGGCUGGCUUCUUCUGAUGUCUACGCACAUCGUGGCCCAAUAAUAAGAGUUAUGCGUUUUAAUGGCACACAAGAUGUUCUCGAUUAUAAAUACACACACUAUACUCGAUCAGCCUGUGAACUUUGUAUUGUUUAAUUUGAUAAUGAGAUAAAAUGAAAUAUGUAUUAUCCUAUUAUUGAAUCGCAUUCUUAAAAGAUAUGACGAGAGGCUUCGUAUUAGUGCGUCGUAUUUGCGUCGUUAGGUCCUGCGUAAAAAUAUUAAUGAAAAAGAAAAAAAAAAAGAAAAAAAAAAGAAACUAAUAAAAUGGCAGAGUUUCCUCUAUCGAAAUUUGUAACGGCGAUCGAUUGGAAAGUUAUAGCGUUAAAGGAUCUUCUUGUUGAAAUUUGCGUUCACAAGGUGAUGAUGUAUAAUAUAAAUAGUCGAAAAUGCGAGGGGUUCUUUUCUUUUUUUCUGUAAUAGAUAUCAACGACCUUUUAUUUCUUUUUUUUUACGCAUACAAUCGAGCAAUACGACUUACGUUGACAUAUCAAAAAAUUUUAAAUUUAGUAUGUGAUACGUGAGAAAAUUGUCAGCAAAUCUACUUGCUCUAUUCUCACGAUUUUGAUAGCGAAAAUUCGACAAAAAUCGAUCGUUCCUUCGUUAAUGAUACUCUCGACGUUGAUUACGUGUUUCUAUUUUCUUUCUUUCUUUCUUUCUUUCUUUCUUUCUUUCUUUUUUUUUCUCGAAUAGAAAAUAAAAUUAACGUUCACUCGACACGCGCACAACAACAAAAUGAAAUAACGAAGCUUAACAUGCGAUCGCUCGAUCGUAGGUAUAUAUAUAUAUAUAUGUAUGUAUGUAUGAACAAUUCGAAUAUGAUUUUUAAUUUAACGAGAUGACUGAAAGUAUGUUGCCGAUUAUAUAUAGUUCGAAAUUAUUAUUCGGCGAAUACAUAUAUAUGUAUAUAUACAUAUAUAUACACAAGGUGAUUCCCCGCAUAGGGUGUUGCAAAUUGCAUUUAUCUUAAAACACCUGAUAGCUUUUGAUUUGAUUUUUUUCUUUUCUUUCCUUUUCUUUUCUUUUUCUUUUUUUUUUAACAUUAAAUGAUACAGCAAGGUUGUCAUUUAAAUUGACCGAGUCAUUGUGAUAAUAUGAAGACAAAUUUUUUACUUUUUUAAAAAUAUAAUUGCAUAUAUAAAUUUAUUGACGCAUUAUCCAAUAUAUCUUUUUACAUUUUUUACUUAAAUUUGAUAUGUCAAUUUUAAGGAUACCCCUCCUUUUUAGUCACGAACGAAUGUGAUAAAAGAAGUUUUCAUUCUUUUAUAUAUAUACAUAUAUAAAAAAAGAAAAAAAAAAACAAACAAAAAAAUAAGAAAAA